AUGGAAAUUGUAACAACAUUCAUUAUAUGUCUCGGAUGUUUUCGCAGCAUUCGUGCAUCCAGUAUAGGAAAACCUGUUUAUCCUAUUACAGCUUCUCUUUUCCUCGAUAGAACGGAAGUUUCUGAGUGGAACAACACUUUGGACCAAUUUCAGAAACAGGAUGGCGAUACCGUGUGGCUAGAAGCACCACCACUGGUUCGCCGCUCAAAAGAAGACUUGCAAAAAGAUCCAGUUUUCAAAUGGUGCAAAGAGUAUGACAAAGAUACAGCGAAGGAGGUCGACUGUUUUACGCAUGCGCAGCAGGAACUGGCUAAUCAAGGUCUUAAUAUAAUUUCCUUUGCAAGUUACCAGUAUGAAGAAGACUUCAGCAAAGUUAUUGUCAAAUGCCCAAAAUAUGACAAGAGGAUUACGACAGUUUAUACCUAUUUUCGUAUUGUCUUGCCUGGUAAACAUGAUAGUGGGUCAUGCGAAUUUAACGGGAUGGAUGUUGUUGUCCUCUUUACUUCUUUUUCUGGACCUGACGCUCAAGAAAUAUUACUUGAAAGUGCCUCUGUGAGGAAUAUUUCUGUCUACUUCGGAGUGCCGCGCCUUCCCAGAAGCUGGGAAUUCGGAAACAUCGACAAAGAGCUGCUGCCUGCAUAUUUUGAAUGGGUACGAAGAGUUAUGGGAGAUCACAAAUCUAGAUACUCAAACAAAACUAUGGAACUAUAUUCGUUGUAUUCAGUCGUGCCCAGUAAACCUAUUCGAAUCCCACUUUAUAAAACACUAAAAGGAUAUUACAUAUCUGAUGACGUCAACAUGGGUACUGUUGACAGAUAUGGAGACAUGCUGAUGAUAUACGCUUCAUUGGUUUCAAUUGCCAAACUGGAAGUGUGUAAAUCGUUGAAACUGGCUAUUGCUCCUUCGAUAGACAUGACAACUUUCGACCAAAAUAGAACAGUAAAGGACCACGUGACCGGAUUUGGAUACCUUGUCGAAACGUAUGUGGAUGUCAUAGCCGUGCACGAAGGCCGUGGUUACGGGAAGGCAUCCUACUAUUGGCCGACACAAGCCAAUCAACCUGUAAAAAAUUUGGAUCCGACACUGGAUAAGAUUCUUCAGCGAAUAAAUCCCAGCUGGAAAGAAAAUGGUACUUUUAAGGAAUGGUUCACUGGGAGUGUUUAUGAGCUCUUCCAAGCUCUUGGAAAUAAAACUGCAGAAUUAAAAAAGCGACACAAAACUCUCGAACUAUGGCUAGGAGUAGAGGCAUUCGAUGAUUUGAACGACGAUCCAUGCAUACCACUCACUAGCUAUAGCAAAAACUCAGUAAUGGACAACGUUAACAAGAGAAGAUUAGACUUCGCCUUGUCACAGGGCGCCGCUAAGGUCCAAAAAGUGAUUGCAUUUUCAUGGGAUCCUGAUUUUACAUGCACCACAAAGAGGCAUAAUGUGACGUUGUCAGAUGGCAUCAUACAGGACGCUAAAAGGCCUGUUAUAUUCGAGUGCCGUUUUCAUUCCCCACAGAAUGCUUCAGUCGUUAUGAUUGGUAUCAACAUCAUGGGCUCUGGUUUUCAUAUUGAUUGGGCGGAUAAAGAUGGCCAGCGUCAUCAAGAUACAGCCUACGGUUGUUAUAUUGAAGGUGACUAUGGUCAUUACCAUCCCCUAAUCCCCUCCCUUGAGUACGUUCAGGCCUGCGAUCCAUGGGACGAUUCUCAACUUUCAGAUAAUGGUUACGUCAAAGUGCAAGCACUGGAAGGAUACCAAGAAUGCAUAUUCGAAUACGACUUUUCUGACGUUUUAAACAAUUAAAUGGCUCGUUUCAAU